AUGGCCGGAUAUGGGGCCUCUGAAUCGACCAUUGAAGCUGCAACAACGACAACUUCAACAACAACAACCACAACUUCAACCACCGCAGCUCCAUUGAAUCGAAAGAGACGAGACGCCGAUAAAGUUGAGGCGACCCUUGACCCAUCAAACCCAAUCUGUCUGAUGUGCCCAUCAUGCAUCGAGUGUUCUGGCAAUGUUUUGAACCGAAAGAGACGCGAUGUGGAAGGAGCCUCUGAUUUGACCACCGAAGUCCCAAUCUGCGCUGCUCAAUCGGAUUGUCCCGAUGGACAGGUGAAAAUGCACAUC